UCUUUAACGGGGCAUUUCCCCCCCCCCCUACACCCCGCGCGGUGGGUUGGAAGCUCCUCCGGGCUCUCUCGUGCUCCGAAGCGGGGAAGCGGCGGUGCGAAAAAGGUCAAACCAGCCAAUAUUUUUUAAGAUUCCACUUGCCUUGUGUGUCUUCUCAAAGCUGCGAGGUUAAGCCUAUAAACGGAGCCAAGGUGUAACCAGGAGUGAGAAUAAAGGCACCAUGAUGCUGGGACAAGAGCAGGAUCCCGGAGGAGAGAGCCAGCCCCCCCUUGCACCCGUGCUCUUCUCCAGAAGCACAAGUACUCAUCAGGAAGUGAAGGUGGAAAAUCAAGAGGAUUUGGGUGAAAUCUGGGAGACUCAGUGGCAGGAGUUCCUGACCACAGUGGAAGUCCCCCAGAUGCUUCCGGAGCCUUCCCCGUGGGAGGAUGCUCACAUCUUCCUAGCCUCAUUUGAGCAAGUCGCCAGAGCUUUCCAGUGGCCCAAGGAAGAAUGGGCGGCCCGUCUCCGGCCCACUUUGGGAGGGGAUGCCGAGCAAGCCUACAGCAGCCUGGAGGCGGAGGACAGAGAGGAUUAUGGGAAAAUGAAGGCGGCCAUCUUGCACGCCGAUGCGAUGAGCCGGGAGAAGCAACGGCAGCACUUCCGGCGUUUCUGCUACCAAGAGGCCGAAGGGCCGAGGCAGGUGUACGAUCAGUUGCAGAGCCUUUGCCAUCAGUGGCUGAAAGUGGAGAGGCAUUCAAAAGAACAAAUUCUGGAAAUGCUGAUUCUGGAGCAGUUCCUGGCCAUCCUCCCGCCGGAGAUGCAGAGCUGGGUCAAGAGACAUAACGUGGAGAGCAGCGCUCAAGUCAUCUCUCUGGCGGAGGAUUUCUUGCUCAGGCAGAGGGUGCCGGGGAUAACGGAACAAGAGUGGGAAGAGGAGGAGCUUGGUCCUAGGCCUGAGUAUACGCAGCCCCUGGAGAGAGGGCCAUCGGAUGCCGGGCAGAAACUACAAUUUUCCAGGGAGCUGAAGGUGGAAGAAGAUUCUGAUGCCGAUCUUUGGAACCUGCACGAGAGUGAAAAUCCCCUGCAGGGAAGGACAAAGCAAACAGAGCAACCUGGGGUGCCUCCGGAGAGAGCGAAUAGCGUUGCUCUACCUUUUUGUGAUCCAGAAGAGAAUCUUGGAGGACAGCAGGGAGUCUACCGCAUGGAGGGGACUCCGUUUGUCAUCAGUGACGAGGAUGGUAUGAAAGCAGAAAUCAUUGUCUUCUGUUCAGACACGCAGAAGGAGAAAAUGAGGAAACAGUGCCUGGUGUGUGGGAAAAGCUUCUCGCGAAACUCAGCCCUUACCCGGCACGAAAGGAUCCACACGGGAGAGAAAGCAUACAGAUGCUUCCAGUGCGACAAAAGUUUCUACGAUAAGACAGCCCUGAAAAGACAUCAAAGAACCCACAAUACCGAUCGAGGUUAUCCUUAUGUCUCUCAAACCCAGCCAGGUGAGAGUUUGCCUCUUCCUUCCUCAGACCAAAUCACACAGAACAUCUGCGGCGAAUGUGGGAAACGAUUCGACAGUGUACUGGACCUAAAUGUACAUAAAACAAUUCACCAGGAGCAGAUUCCCAAUGGCAGGACAGGGAGUGGAGAGACAUCUGGAAAAAAACAAAUUCUGGAGCCGAAGAAACACCCGGAGCCCCUUGCUGUACAGAAAACUUACAAGUGUCCCGAGUGCGAGAAAAGCUUCAUUUGGGUUUCAUCGUAUCACAGGCAUAAAAAGAUCCAUUUGAGGAACAAAUCUCUCCCACUUUUGUAUCAAAACAAAAGCUUCAAGCAAGGGUCCCAUCUCAUGAAAUUUCAGCCUUCCCUCAUUGGAAAGAAUCUCUAUAAAUGCCCUGAAUGUGAGAAGAGUUUCCCGGCGCUCAAAUCCUUGGAAGAACAUAAAAAACUCCACCAGACAGUAAAACCAAACAGCUCUUCACAAAUAGCACUUGAAACAAAAGACAAAACCUGUUCGGAGUGCGGGAAGUUUUUUGAUCGGCUGUCCCACCUAAAAAGGCACCAACGGGUCCAUACGGGUGAGAAACCUUACAAGUGCCCGAAAUGCGAGGAGAGGUUCAUGUGGCAGGGAGCUUUCGUAAGACACCUGAAGGUCCAUAAGAAGCAGAAGCCAAUGCCUCUGGUGCCAACGGUGUCCGUUUCACAGGAGAAACCUAAUCAGUGUUUGGAGUGCGGGAAGUCGUUCAGACAACACUCAGACCUCACGCGACAUUGGCGAGUCCACACUGGUGAGAAGCCCCACAGAUGUACGGAAUGUGGGGAGUCCUUCAUGUGGCCUUCGUCUCUCAAUCUGCAUCGGAAGAAGGUCCAUAGAGGGAAGCGAUUGGUCCCCCUCCUCCAAAAAUUACCCCUGGGGCAAGGGAGAUCCUACAAAUGUUUCGAGUGCGGUAAAAGAUUCGACCGUUCCUCGAGUCUAAUAAACCACCAGCGCACUCACACCAGAGAAAAAACGUACCCGUGCACCAGCUGUGAGAAGAGUUUCAUGUGUGCUCGCUCUCUUCUGAGACACCGAAAGAUCCACGAGACCAGGAAAGCAGGAGGCCCUUUGCCCCCGAAACCCACUCUGGGAGAUAAAUCCUAUGUCUGUUCCGAUUGCGGGAAACGCUUUGUCUAUUCGUAUCUCUUGAGUCGGCAUCGACGUAUCCACACCGGAGAGAAACCGUACAAAUGUGCCAAAUGCGGCGAGAGCUUCAGGUGGGCUUCCUCGUUUAGCCUGCACCAAAAGAAGGUCCACGCAGAAACGAAGGCGGCUCAUCUCCUCCCAAGACAGUCGGACAGGCAGAAAAAACCAUACGAGUGUUUGGAGUGCGGGAAAGAAUUCAGGAUACCUUCCCAUCUCUCAAGCCAUCAGAGCACUCACACCGGGGAGAGGAGGCACAAGUGCACCACUUGUGGGAAAAGUUUCUUCUGGCAGUCCUCGUUAUCGGUGCAUCGUAAGGAUUUUCAUAAGAGCGAGGAAAAGGAACCGGUCCCCGCUUUGCAACCCGUAUCUCAGGGACAAGGCAAUUCCAAACCCCAGCAGGUCCCUGCUGAAGAGAAAGCUUUCAAAUGCUCCAAGUGCGAAAAGAGCUUUGCGGGGUUUUCAGCUCUUCUGCGACAUAGAAAGAUCCACGAGAGAGAGAAACUCGGGCUUUUUUUCCAAACAAGACCAGACACCCCAGGGAAAUCGUAUCCCUGCACCGAGUGUGGGAAAAACUUCAAUUGGCCAUCCCGCCUCUUAAGACAUCAGCGCAUCCAUUCGCAGGAGAGGCCCUGUCAGUGCCCUGAUUGCGGAGAGAGUUUUAGAUGGGAUUCGGCUCUUAAAGCCCACCAGGAGAAGACCCAUAAACAGAAGCCAGCAGUCUCUUUCCUGCCCAAAGAGGACACGGUCAAAGCGGAAAAUCACCCCUGCGCGGAGUGUGGAGACACCUUCAACUCCGUGUCGUCUCUUAUAAAGCAUCAGAGCAUCCACGCAGGAGAAAAACUCGAUCAAUCCAGCCACUGCGAAGAGAAUUUCCCAUGGAAUUCAGCCCUCCAAGAAUCCCCGAAGGCUUGUAAGGAAAAAGAACCGGACUUCCUGCUUCAAAAGCUACCUAGUAAAUGUGGAACCACCUACCCUUGUCUCCAGUGCGGGAAAAUUUUUCCCAAAUCGAAGCUGCUGCAGAAACACAAACGGAUCCACCUCAAGGAGAAGCGUUACACCUGCACUGAAUGCGGGAAGCAUUUCACACAAUCCGCAAGCUUGAAAAGACACUGGUUCACUCACCAAAAAGAGAAGAUGUUCCACUGCUCGCACUGCGAGAAAAGCUUCGUAUUCAAAGAUAGCCUCACGAGGCACGAGAAGUCUCACUCUGGGCUGGCAGAGCUCACCGUGCAAGUAUUGGACAAAGAAUUCCUCGCCACUCCGGAAUCACCCCAAUGCCUCGCGUCGGAACCCGACAUAUGUGGCAGUCCCCUAGAACUCCAAGCAGAGAACCCCAUUCCAUCUUUGAAUGCUCCGGAAGUGGUGGCGACAUGAUCUCAAAGGGGGACCAAUCGAUACAGAAGCCAGUAUUAAGAAAUCGUGCUGCGUGUUUCAGCAGCAAACCUGAGGAAAGAUCGCCAGCCCUGUCAAUUUUAACGGAAGAAAACCUUCCGGAAUCUUCUCUGAGCCGUAACAUAAUGAAAGCGAUGGUCCCACCGAAGGGGACGGGGAAGGGCAGAAUAUCGGCAAACCUUGAGUUUUGCCUGUCUGGGGCCACGUUGGUUUGUGCUUCCCGGACCCUUAUUUACAGUUUAGAAAUUCCAACAUGGAUGUCCAUCUGACAUCUGACUUUUGUUAUGGAACGCAACGUCAUAUCAGUUGGCUCUUGUAUAUUGGUAGAUGCAGAUAGUUGAGUUGAGUUGAGUUGGGUGGGGCAAGAGGGAACAGACUCAGGGUUUUCAGUAUAUUGACAAAAACUAAUAAAUGUAAAAAACAAGGAAAUACGUUUGUGCCAUGUCACCGAAAAUACUGCGGUGUUGAUUCUUGUGUGAAAGUCCUCAGAGGUGUAAGUAAUACAAUGGUUGGGAAUUCUUUUGCAUCGUUCAACUUUUAUCGUCUUGAUCACAAUCUGUUAUUUGUUCAGUUUUAUGGAAGGGAACUACUAAUAAACGCAAUGUACAGAAUGAA